GAGGACUCGUCCCACAGAUCCAUGUACAGUACCUUGCUGCUGCUCUGCCUGGGAGUAUCUGCGACACACCGAGCAUUUCCUGCUGGGAUUUCAGGCUAAAGCCCUCAGUGCGGUGUCUUCGCGCCACGCGCCAUCACAAUCCACCACUUUGAGCUGCCACGCUACACGUCCAGCCUAAGGAUAACAUCGCGUCGUACGCGUAAAGAUAGUGUCUAUCGACCCACGUGGCCUCGGCGUCAUGGCCGCGCCUCGCGAGGUAUUCGUUAUAGGCACCAUGGAUACUAAAGCGGACGAGCUGCUCUUCCUCGCGUCGCAGCUCAAGCACUCUCUUACCUCACUUUCCUCCUUAAACUCGCCGCACCCGCUGCCGCACCCACCGGAGCCGCCUUUCUCCAUCGUUCUGGUCGACGUCUCCGCGUCGCCGACCUCCUCGCCUCCCGCUACAAGCACACCUCUCUCUACAAUCACUGUCGCUGACCUCCUCGCGUCAGAUUCCGGCGCCACCGCGAAAUCCGCCGCGUCUCUUGCCGCGGAUCGCGGAGAGGCGGUGCAGGCGGUGAGCGACGCGCUCAAGCGGUUCGUGCGGGGGAAGUGGGAGGGGGGCGCGCUGGCGGGCGCGGUGGGGAUCGGGGGGAGCGGGGGAACCGCCAUCAUUGCGCCUGCCCUGCGCGCACUGCCGGUUGGCGCGCCCAAGAUGAUCGUCUCCACUGUCGCGAGUGGCAACACAGCGCCCUACAUCGACACGUCGGACCUGGUCUUGGUACCAUCCAUCGUGGACGUGGCGGGGCUCAACGCCAUCCUGCGCGCCGUGCUCUCCUCCACCGCUGCUGCCCUCGCCGGCAUGCUGACAGCGUGGGCAGCGCUGCCCACCCAGCAGGCGUCGGUCGCGGCGCCCGCUGCUUCUCCAGCUGGGUGUGCCCCUGUGACGGUGGGCGUCACCAUGUUUGGGGUCACCACGCCGUGCGUCACGGAGGUGCAGCACCUGCUCACCAGCAAGGGCGGCACGGGAGGCGAGGGCGGUGCAGAGGGAUUGGAAGUGGUGGUGUUCCACGCGACGGGCACAGGCGGGAGGGCCAUGGAGGAGAACGUUGCCUCGGGACUCAUUCAGGCAGUGUUGGACAUCACCACAACGGAGGUGGCGGAUUUCAUAGUGGGCGGCACCAUGCCGUGCCUGCCGUCCAGAUUUGAUGCCGCCAUUCAGAAGCAAGUGCCCCUGGUACUGAGCCUGGGGGCGCUAGACAUGGUGAACUUCGGAGCAGCUUCCUCUGUGCCCAAGGAGUUUGAGGGGCGCAAGUUGCACGUGCACAACCCGCAGGUGACUCUCAUGCGCACAACAGCCGACGAGAGCCGUCGGAUCGCGCGCUUCAUCGCGGGCAAGAUGAACCAGUCGCAGGCGUCCGUCACUCUGCUCAUUCCCGAGGGCGGGCUCUCUGCCCUGGACGCCCCUGGCAUGCCCUUCUGGGACCCUGAGGCUGACGCGGCUCUGUUUGAGGAGCUGGAGAAGGAGGUGCAGCACACAGAGAGCAGGACGGUGGUGCGCCUGCCCCACCACAUCAACGACCCUGAGUUCGCUGCUGCCGUCGUCAGCACUCUCCUCCCGCUCCCUCCAUCCCUGAGCCCCCCCCCCCCUGCUGCCGUUCCUCCUGCCGCCGCUCCCCCUGCUGCCGACCCUUCAGCCUCUGAUGCUCGCCCUCCCCAUCCCUCUGAACCAGCACCCGCCAUCACACCAACCCCUGCCCCCUCCACUGCUCUCCACCCCUCUGUACCCCUCUCCUCCACUCUCGACCUGCCUCCUGCUCUUGACCUCUCCCCCAUCCCCUGGCUGGUCAGCCGCCGCACCGCCAUUCUCCACUCUCUGCGUGCGCAAGUGGUGGCGGGGCGGGCGAUCAUAGGCGGUGGGGCAGGCACGGGAAUAAGCGCCAAGUGCGAGGAGAUGGGCGGCGUGGAUCUCAUCGUGAUCUACAACUCUGGGCGGUUCCGCAUGGCGGGGAGGGGGUCCCUGGCGGGGCUGCUGCCGUUUGCUGAUGCCAAUGCUGUCGUGGUGGAUAUGGCAAAGGAGGUGCUGCCGGUGGUCAAGUCCGUCCCCGUGCUAGCAGGCGUGUGCGCCACAGACCCCUUCCGCCAGAUGCCUCUUUUCCUGCGCCACCUGGCCGCCCUUGGCUUCGCGGGCGUGCAGAACUUCCCCACAGUGGGGCUCUACGAUGGUUCCUUCCGCACCAACCUCGAGGAGACCGGCAUGGGCUACCCGCUCGAAGUCGCCAUGAUCAAAGCGGCUAAUUCCCUGGGGUUCCUCACGACGCCGUACGCGUUCAACGAGGGGGAGGCGAGGGCCAUGGCGGGGGCAGGGGCGGAUGUGGUGGUGGCGCACAUGGGGCUCACGGCCGCCGGGAGCAUUGGGGCGCGCACAGUGUGCUCCUUGGAGGAGGCCGUGGGGAGGGUUCAACGCAUGGCGGAUGCUGCGAGGGCAGUCAAGCCUGAUGUGCUUGUGCUGUGCCAUGGAGGCCCCAUCAGCGGCCCUGAGGAGGCGCGCUACAUCCUGGAGCACACGCGGGGAGUGCACGGCUUCUAUGGCGCGUCCAGCAUGGAGCGCCUGCCAGUGGAGACGGCCAUCACCGAGAACCUGCAGGCGUACAAGGCCAUCCGGCUGCCGGCGUAGUCCACGUGGACCUACUUUGAGUCGACUCGCAAUACGGCUGUUGGUUAGGAUGGCAUACGGUACAAGGCCUUACAUCUGCCAGAUCUGUCCACUGUCUCUAGGUGCACCUUGUACCUAGCUUAGCCAGUAGCACCAAGUAGCUAUCGUUGCAGAUGACGAUGAAUUAUCCACUCCACAUGAAUAAGGUUCCCAUAUCCGCAUAGCAACCCAUGGAUGUGUUAAAUUGUCGAGAGAAUGAUGAACCAAGGGAAAAUGUAGAGGGUUACAAAGGUAGGACUACCCUCUAAGACAGGACCCUAGAUAUCAGCCUUCUUACGCUGAUUCAGGGUAUUUUCAGACUUUUUUUUAGG